UGUACAUUUUUUUCUUGUAUUUUUUUUUUUUUUUGUAAUGUUUGUUACCUCUUUACUUUUGUUUCCCUUACAGAAUUUAAUUUAACAGGAACAUCAUCCUCAUUGGUGAAUCAACAGACUGUUUUUAUAUCAGCUCACAAAGGUGAUACUGUGUCUUUGCCGUGUUUCUAUGAAGUAGAUAGUUUAGUAUGGGUGUCCUGGUACAAACUAACUCUUGGACAGAAGCCACAACUUCUCUCUAGAUUUUUUAGAUAUUCAGAGGAAUUUCGUUUCUACCACGAAUUCAAUGGAAAUCCCCGCUUCAAUCUGAAUACAGAAAACCAAAAUAUUCAACUAGCAAUUUCAGAUCUACAAUAUUCUGAUUCUGCUACUUACUUGUGUGUAGCAAAUCUUGAAUUGGACAUUAUUUUCAGGGAAGCUUUUAUAGUCAAUGUAAAAGGAUCAGGUUUAACCAUCAAGACUUCCGUGGAUCAGUGGUCCUCUGAGAACAUCCAUGCAGGAGACUCUGUGACUCUGAACUGUACAGUACACACUGGGAGCUGUGAUGGAGAACACAGAGUUUACUGGUUCAAAGACUCUGAAGACUCUCAUCCAGGACUCAUUUACACUCAUGGAGGCAGGAGUGAUCAGUGUGAGAGAAAGAAGAACACACAAACACACAGUUGUGUCUAUGAACUGCACAUGAAGAACCUGACUGAGUCUCAUGCUGGGAUCUACUACUGUGCUGUUGUCUCAUGUGGACACAUACUGUUUGGAAACGGGACCAAGCUGGACCUCACAGGUGAGUUACAGUGAUGUUUGUUGACUUUGAACACAGUUUGUGUAGGAAAGGACCAAAUAAAAAAUGUGUGUUUGUCUGCAGGUCAGCCGAAGUCUUUGUUGGUGUUUUUCUUAACUGGAUCUUUGACCUUCAUGAGUGUCCUUGUUGUUUUUCUGGUUUACAAGAUCAAAAAACAAAAUUGCUUCCAGUCUAAAGGUACAGAAGCUUUUAAUUUCAAUUUCUCUCCGAGUUCUCUUAACAAAAUGUUUGACUUUUUUUUUUUUUUUUA